CUAAGUAAAACAGGUACGGUUUUGUUUUGGAAAUCAUAACUUGGGCAUGAAAGCGGGAAGAAAUGUCAUCAGCGCUGUGGAAAUGUUCUCAUCUGAGUAGGAGGAUAGGAUUCAUUUUCCAGUGGAAAGAUGUUUCUUCCUGGUAUAAAGUUGGAUUCAAUGAGAAGUUGACACCAUGCAGAGAAUGCUCUAGGAGACACCGAUUACAUAGUGGUGUGUUUGUAAGAUACUUCACUGGUGAAAGAUUUGGACAACUGAGAAGUAUUUCAAGUCAUGAAGGUGGAUCCAAUGGAAGCAACGAGGGGACAUCGGAUGAAAGUGAUAAAGAAAAGUCCUCAAGGAAAAAAGCAAUCAAAGGAGAGCGAGCAAAGAGAUUUUUUAAGAUGCAACCAACUGAUGUCAAUUAUGAUAAAAAAUAUUAUCAAAAUACAUUUAUUUCUGCUACCCGUGCGAUGAGUGACUACCUUCUUAAACCAAGUGAUUUAGAGGGAGUCAAGACAACAGCAGUGCGAAGUGCUUAUAGUGAUCCACAACAACCUCCAGAUGUUUGUUAUUUAAAAUCAGAUGUGGAAAAAAGAGCUUAUGAGGUUUGGGGAAGCCCCGAAGCUCUUUCAAGAGAAAUCUGGAACAGAAAAAAGGUGUAUGAGGAAAGUGAACGUUACAGGAAAGGUCUAGGAGAACUAAUAGGACAUCUAAAGAAGUCAAUAAGAGACCAUUCUAAGAAGAAUGAAGAGAACAAGCACUAUGGCGAAAGAAUACAGAGAAAUAUGUUGCUGAAAGGUUCUGCCAAGGUUGUGACGUAUGCAAUCUGCAGUAACCUAGCAGUGAUGCUGUUUAAGUUUGGUGCAUAUCUGCACAGUGGAUCAGCAACAAUGUUAUCUGAAUCCAUACAUUCAUUGGCUGACAUGUUGAACCAGUGUUUGUUAGCUGUUGGAAUCAUGCAGUCAAUCAAGAAACCUUCUCCAGAUCAUCCGUAUGGCUGGUCAAGAGCUCGUUAUGUGUAUUCACUUAUCAGUGGUGUUGGAAUUUUUUUCCUUGGAGCUGGUGUAACAAUGUAUCAUGGUGUGUCAGGCCUGAUGAAUCCAGCUCCAUUAGAGAAUCUUACAAUGGCAUAUACUAUUCUUGCUGGAUCAUUUCUAGUGGAAGGAGCAACUUUGUUGCUGGCCAUAGGGCAAGUGCGGAAAAGUGCUCGGGAAAGCGGCAUGUCCUUCAAAGAAUAUGUGAUACGGGGUAGAGAUCCAAGUGCAGUAACGGUCCUGCUUGAGGAUGGUGCUGCUGUUGCUGGGGUUAUGCUGGCUACAUGCUGCCUUGGUCUUACAUCUUACACUGGAAGCUCUGUGUUUGAUGCUUUGGGUUCAGUGAUGAUUGGAGGGCUUCUUGGAUCAUUUGCAGUGUUCCUUAUUGGUAGAAAUGCUGACUUCCUGAUUGGAAGAUCUAUCCCCAUUAACAGAAUCCAACAAAUCAUUGAAGUUUUAGAAAGUGAUAUUGUGGUCAGGUCGAUACAUGACGUGAAAGCCACUGAGAUGGGAGCAGAUGUAGUUCGUUUCAAGGCUGAAGUAAAUUUUGAUGGACGAGAAAUAACUCGCUGUCAUCUCAACAGAGUUGAUAUGGAACUCUUACUAGAGGAGGUCCAACAACUGACUACAGUGCCUGAAUUAGAACUGUUUCUCCUGGAACACGGAGAAGAAGUGAUUGAUAUGUUGGGCCAACAAGUAGACAGAAUUGAGAAAAAUAUCAAGAAAAGAAAUCCCGAAGUUCGUCAUGUUGAUUUGGAGAUCCUGUGAUGAAACGUGUUCCUUACCAGUUGGUCACCAAGGAGUUUCAAGCUCUUGGCUGUACAGCGUCUAUAACUCCAACUUGUUAGCGGUAAAUUGAUGGAAGAUUAUCCCCGACAAGUUAUUCAUUCCCACUUAAGUGAGGACUUAUCAUAAACACACUGGAGUCAAAGUGUACGACAAAAAAACUCUCAUCGCCAGGAAACUGUAAAAGUCUUCUCUCUCCUACAAUUUUCAUUACAAAGUGAAUGAGAGACGUUUCCCAGUCUGGAUUAAAACUACUCCAGUUGAAAUCUGCAGUUUUGGGAGGCAUAACGGUUGAUGUGGCAGACUUUUGAAUGUCACUGUCAGGACAAUUUAUGAAGAGAUUUCAAAGUGGCAGCAUCAAGUUCCGUUACCAUUUCAUUUUCAAGUGAAAUACUCAAAGACAAUAGCCAUUUUUCGAUUUUUAUUUUCCUAACCACUGAUUACCUUGUCUGUCAUAUGAAUUAAAUUAAAUGUAAGAGUAUAAUUAGAAUAAAGUUACGUUUUUGGUGGCCUGUGAUCACCUUCACA